AUAUCUUUCAAUAAAAUGAAUGAUAAUAGUUCGAGUUCAUUGAAUAUAUUCUAUCCAGGGAACGAUAUUCCCUUCAGAUACUCCACUUAUUUUCGUAGCAGCAAUUUGACCAGCUAUAAGCUAUGCAAACAGCAGGAUCUGGACCCUCAUUUCCAUCUGAGAAGAUGUGGUUGCCGUGUUUGCCUGAAGGUGCCUCAGAUAUCAAAGAAAUGCGAUUGCGAAUAUUGUGAUUUGGAGAAAGAGCUGACUUUGUAUUUUUUCCAUGAAAUCAUGGCGAAGGGUUGCUUGGAGGAUUAUCAGAUGAAACAUAUAGCCAGAGAAGAAGAACCGAGUAUAAGAAGCUCUGGAAGCAACAAAGCCUCUGAUGGAAGUGUGGAAGAUUACUUGAAAAAUGAAAAGGUGUCGUUCGUUGAUGACAAAGAGCACGAACUUAGGCACGGGUCGAGUUCGGAGGGAGAGAUCAAGGUAGUCUAUGCAAAAGAAAAGCGCUCCCACAUACAUAAAAGGAGAAAAAGCGACGGCUCAAUAAAUUCUCGGAAGUUAUCUAUCUUUUCUCAUAUCCCGGCGGCGGAUAAAAAGACAUCUACAGAGCACGAGACGAAAACAAGACAUACAGGAAGCAGACAUAAAAAAAGCUCCAAGGAGGCUUCGGAUGACGAGCCUCCUACCCAUAAUAGAGAAAGGAGAAAGAGUGAAUCCCUCAAGACGAUUCCGAUAGCCGCUAGUCUUCAGCCGAUCACAGAAGACAACCAGACCGAGCUGAAUGAGAAAUUGAUCUCUACUACCAAUUUUGAACAAGAUUGGUUGGUGAAAAGAGAAGAGAAAUUCGCGAACAUAGAUUUCAAAAAUGGCAACAGGUACGAGGGUGAGGUCCUCGAUAAAGUACCUCAUGGUAUUGGCACAUUUUAUUGGGCCGACGGUACAGUUUAUGAGGGAGAAUUUGAAGAUGGUUCGCCAACAGGAAGAGGAAGAAUGCAACUGCCGGACAUGACCGAAUACAUCGGUAUUUUUUACAAAGGUUUUUUUCACGGAAACGGUGUUUAUAAUAUUCGAAACACCAAUAUGGUAUAUAGCGGAAAUUGGAAAUACGGCAAGAAGCACGGUUUCGGUUGGUUGUUAUACGAAUCUGACGUAUGGUAUGAGGGCGAAUUCCAAGACGAUCUUAGACAUGGAAAGGGAUUUUUUCAUUUUAAGGAUAAAAGCUGUUAUCAGGGACAGUAUUCUAAAAACAAGAGAGAAGGACGGGGAGCGAUGCGCUGGUCGAAUAACGAUAUCUAUAUAGGCCAAUGGGUUGAUGGUAUAAUAGAUGGUUUCGGCGAAUACUCUUGGAACACGGAAUUCGACAAUUUUUUUUCCUUUCCUGUACAGCAUCAUUACAAUGGUUCUUGGGUGAAGGGAAAAAGAACAGGCACCGGUAUCAUGUUCUUCGGUAACGAGAACGGGGCGAAAAUGGCGGGAUUCUUCCAGGAUAAUUUCAAGCACGGAGCGGCCAUCGUGAUCUGCGGAAAUGGGAAGAGCAUCGAGAAAAAUCCGCUGUUCUACAACGACAAGCCCUUGCACACCACCUCGCUCUCCAACGAAGACAUAGCCAAGGAAAGUUCGUCGUUUACCUUCAACGAGCAGGUGUUUCAAUCGAUAAUGAAGAACGGGAUUUCGGAAAAACAGUGGCCUGCGAAAUGUCACGCGUCUCAAGUAAAUACGCUACUGGAGAACGCGAAGCAAGAAAGAGGUUCUUUGUGCUCGCCAAUUGAAAUCCAGAUAAAUUCGCCUCCAGAUGACGUCGAGUUAUAUUUUUACAUCGAGAAAGCUCUCAGUAUGUAUGUGAAUGCUUUCGACACGAUCCAAUUCGACAUCGAGUCGAUAGAAUCCCGUUCCAGUUCUAGUGCGAACGUUUCGAAAUUGCAACUUUCAAAGUGGAACCUGAUGACGCUAACCAGCGCCGGACAUUCGAAAGUCAAGUCUUACGCUCAGGACAAUCACGGAAGGCCCUCUUUCAACCAAAACGUUCCCGUUUUCAACAAGUCGGAGACUAGAUUUCAAUCGACCGUUAGGAGCGAGGAAAAAUACCUGCGAAACGUGAUUACUCGCUAUCUGCCCAGAUUGAUGGAGGUGUAUUAUCACUACGCGACUAUAACCUCGCCGAAGAAGAUAUAUUUCAAGCACUACAUGAUCAGGAUGUACUUAUGGCAGUUGUACCUGGACAUAGGUAUCACAAAAAUCGGCAUAUCUCUGGUAGAAACCGACAGAUUGCUCGACGAAAACCCAUCAAGUUUCGUAGAAUCCUGCCAUCAUCCCUUCGAACACAUAUACUUCUUUCAGUUCAUUCAGUCCCUCAUGGGAACCGCCCUGUUGGUACAUUACAAGAGCAGGGAGGAAGUUCACUCGAGCGAGGGACUGAUGCCGUACAUUUUCCAGAAGUUUUUACUGGAGAGAGUCUUUGUACUUGCUGGAACGCACAGGGGUAGGUGCCUUUUCGAAUAUAAAGAUAUGUUGGCAAUGAGGAACGUUUACGCUUUGUAUCUGAAACUUGGGCAACCUCAUACGGCAAGGACGUUCCUGAAUGCAGCCUGUACAAAAAAAGGGGAAGAUUCCCCUUGCUAUAAAACCUGGUCUGAAAACAAAUGCAGAUCCGUAACAAACACUUUUGGACAGAAUGUGAAUAUUAUAGGACACAACUUUCUCUAUAUACCAGAAAAGGGAGAAAUUGGCGCGUCGACCGAAAAAUCAAUCGAUAUACCAGAAGACGCCGAUCCUUUUUAUCAAGAUCUGGCAGCAUUCAGAGUACUCGGCCCUAAAGUAGUGACCAAAUGUCUGAGCACAAUAUGUCCCUCGAUCUUAAAGAACGGCAUAAUAUGCAACAUGGAUUAUCCCAUGACAUUUUUGGAAUUCUACGAGGUUUUGAUCAUCUGUGCGCUUUUACUAGUGGCUAGGACGAAGAAAAAGAUGGAAUUGUACAAGAAACUUCCCUCCAGAACGAACAGAACAGAGGAGGAUGAACCACAGGAGGCCGAAUUGAGAAAAUCUUCUGGGAAACUCAAGAAAAAGAAAUGAUUUUAUGUAUAUAUAUAUUUUAUUUGUAAUUGUUAGAAUAAAUUUUCUGAUAAAUAUGAAAUAAUUCUUUAAUUGUUGGCCAUUCUGUGAGUGCUGAAAAUUGUAUUCAAUGAGGUUAAUUUGAUAUCUAGAAAAAGAUUAACAAGACUGAAUUGGAUAUUGCGGAAGCUUCAGAUUCAAAUCGAAGCGAAAGUUAUCACAGUUGUAGCUCUUAUUCAACCCUUGUAAAGAUUACAAAAUACAAUAUUCAGGUACAACAUAUAAAAGCACUAAUAAUU